AUGAAAGCCCAAGCUUUGGCAGAUCAUCUUGCUGAGAACCCCAUUGAUGAAGAUUAUGAACCAUUAAAGACAUAUUUCCUAGAUGAAGACGUGUUGUCUAUUGAUGAAGUCAUUAUACAUGCUGAUCCAGGUUGGAAUUUGUUCUUUAAUGGAAUCAUUAACAUGAAAGGAGUCAGAAUAGAUGUACACGAUGAUUUGAUACAUUCUCCUUAUGCUGAGUUACACACAAUGUCUGCUCCAUGGCCUUUUGUAGCUUGGGGGAUGAACAUGAUUGGACCGAUUGAGCCAAAAACAUCCAAAGGACAUAGAUUUAUUUUUGUAGCCAUUGAUUAUUUUACAAAGUGGAUAGAAGCGACAACUUUCAAGUCAGUAAUAAAAAAGGCGGUGAUUGCUCAUCGAAAUUCCACUCCAUAUCAUCCAAAGAAAAAUGGUGCAGUAGAGGCCGCUAACAAGAAUAUCAAGAAGAUAUUGAGGAAAAUGAUACAAGGUUCUAGACAAUGGCACGAGAAGUUGCCAUUUGCAUUGCUAGGUUAUUGUACUGCUGUUCGCACUUCAACAGGGGCAACUCUAUAUUUAUUAGUAUAUGGGAUAGAAAUGGCCAUACCUACAGAAGUUGAAAUUCCAUCUCUUCAAGUCAUUGUGGAAGUAGAGAUUGAGGAUGAUUAG